UAUCAUAGACUUUAAUUUGUAAAUCUACAUUUUACUUUGAAAAUAUUUCUAGCCUGCAUGGCUCUUUUGUGUUACAGUAGUCGUUUCUCUCCAUCCGCCUUCUCUCCCACCUAAGUGCAUGCCACCACCCCAUGGAAGAUUCAGUGGACACAGACAUGAGCCCCCUAAGGCUCCAGAACUAUCUUUUUGCUGUGGAGAAAGAUGCAGAGUCAGAAGAUCAAAAGGAAGAGGAUGUAAAACUCCUUAGUAUAUGUGGAAAGCCUUCUGUCUCUGGAUGUGGUAGUAACAUUCCACAGAAAAAAGUAAAAUUUGGUGCCAGUGGAGAUGAUGAUGAUAACGAUGAUGAUGAUGAUGAUGAUGAUUUUGAUGAUAAAGAAGCUGAAGAAAAGCCUCCAGUAAAAAAAGGGCAAGCAUCUUUCAAAAAACAGGAAAAGACUCCCAAAACACCAAAAGGACCUAGUUAUGUAGAAGACAUCAAAGCAAAAAUGCAACCAAGUGUGAAAAAAGGUGAUUCUCUUCCUAAAGUAGAAGUCAAGUUUAUCAGUUAUAUGAAGAAUUGCUUCUGGAUGACUGACCAAGGGGCUAUUCAAGAUCUCUGGCAAUGA